GCGUGUGUUCUAGGCACGAAAGUGAGGAGCUCCGUCUUACCACAGCCAUUUGUUCGAAUUUCGCACGUUUUAUUGUAGGGAAAAGUUAAUUCACUUCAAAGUGUACGUAAAACCGCGCUCUGUACAGCACGAGUUGUACUGUUUGUUCACUGAUAAAGCGGCGCCAAUAAUACUUUCACAGCACUUACCUUCCGACGUCACGACGGCUCGCAUUAAGAACAAAAUGGUUGACAAAAUCGAAAUGAGCCUUGAUGAAAUCAUCAAGUCCCAGAAAUCGAACCGUCCGCGCGGUGGUGGCCGUUCCGGUGGAGCAGGCCGUGUGAAUCGCCGUGCGGGAGCAAGCGGCGCUGGCGGAAAUUCACGAAACGGUUUCCGAUCGGGUGGUCAACGCAAUGGUGGUGCUAGCGGCGGUGGCGGAGUCCUCAAGGGACGCAAUCGUGGCGGAAUCUCCCGGGCACGCUACGGGCGGGGCGACGUGAACAGCGCAUGGAAACAUGAUAUGUAUGAGGGACCACGUAAGAACCGUCUGUUGACGUCGGCCGGAAUCAGUAGCAUUGGCGGUGCAGGCGGACCUGGUGGUGUAUCGAAGCUGCUGGUGUCGAACCUGGACUUUGGCGUGUCGGAGACGGACAUCAACGAGCUGUUUGCCGAGUUUGGGCCGCUGCGAAGCGCUUCAGUACAUUAUGAUCGAUCGGGAAGAUCGCUUGGUACGGCAGAUGUGGUCUUCGAAAGACGUUCGGAUGCAAUAAAAGCGAUGAAGCAAUACAAUGGAGUACCUUUGGACGGUCGCCCGAUGAGCAUUCAGAUGGCAACGUCGGAAAUUCCAUCCCCACGCCUUCCCCGUCCAGCUGCACCAGCGGCAUCUUCUGCCCGUUCCCCACGUAAACCGGCUGGUGGUCGAGGUGGCGGUGCUGGUAAAGCCCAGGGAGGCCGUGGUGGUCGUGGUGGCGGUAGCGGCGGCGGCAGACGUCAACCUCGCGAAACAAAAACGGCCGAAGAGUUGGAUGCUGAGCUGGAUGCCUACACCAAAGACAUGAAGUAAAGAGCAUUUUUCAGGCGCGAGACUGUUCUCCAGAAAGUGGUUUGCUGCGUAACACCCGAACACCGCCGAAUGAAAUAUGCAUCGCGAGCAUGUUUUCCGUGCAGCAGCGGAAUCACCUCAACGGUGCUGUGUGCGUGACACGUAGCCACCUAAGCCGGCAGGAUACGUUUAAUUUGACUUUAUUUUAACUUCAUUCUUAACGUCUUACAUGACUUGUACAUAGCACAUAGUAAACUUCUAAUAACAUCGAUUAGUUUGAACGCCGUUUCGGUAGGAGAAGCAAUUCGGGAAGUGGGAGAAGUAGCGUACUCCAUCAACAGCACAUAAAUUAAUAUCAACAGCGUGCCCAUUGACAACAUACGUUCAGUUAGAUCUAAUAUGACAGUAACCACACGGUCGAUGUGUGUGGUAUGAUGGACAACAUGGCGUACAUUCAGUUUGCCAUGCAAAAUGGCACGCACUUAUGGCCCGUUGGAUGGAAUGGAUUCAUAGUUAUUAACCCGGAUAUAUGCUAGUUAAGAUACGUGCGUACGUGUUCGUUCGAUCACCUUCACAUUAAAAAACACAACGCGUCAACAGAUAAUCCUUAGUUGUACUAAGAUAGUUAAAUUGUAGCGCGCAUCUCCGCAGUGAGCGGUGUGUGUGAGUUUAGAGGAGAGUAAAAAUGAAGCGCAAUACAAUUAGAAAACGAUUAACCACGCAUCAUUAUGCCCACCACGAGGGCACCACACACUAAUGUACUAAUGUACCGAAGAAAGAGAACUUUCACGUCAGAUAUUCGUACAUCUGUAACACAGUUCUCCUUGUAAUCGUUAUUUUUUUCUUGAACCAUUCUAUGCAUUAACGAUUGUUUGUUUUGUCCACAAAAAUUAUCCCACACAGCCAGGGAUAGGAAAAACUCAAAACAAAGGGAUUUUUUGUUGCAAAAGAAUCAGGUCAAUAAUGCAGCCUCUAUGCCCUUUUAUUGCGCGCGUUUUUGUAACUGUUUUUGGUUGUGAGCCCAAUCUUUUCCAAAUCCUUAUCACUUUUCCUGGUUUCUUUUAUUUUCUCUAUGAAAAGCGCUCAUUACUCAUCAACCGCAUAGAAAUAUGAACAUCUCACAUUCGCCCUUACCAUUUCGGGUGCGUUUCAGAUUUAGUAAGGACGAAUUUAUAACUAUAGGCGCUGUGUGGUUAAUAAUGAAAAUACAGGCUCAACUAGCGAAUGGUUGCGCGAGAAACAAACAAGAUGAAAUAAAACUCUUGAAGGCAGAAAAUGGAGU